AUGUCGGCCGCGCUCUGUCCCACCCUCGCCGUGCUGACCACCGAGCAUCGCGCGAAGCCGUCGGCGCGCCGCCCCGCGCGCGCGUCCGCCGUGUCGAGAACCUUCCGUCGAUCCCGCGACGCCGUCAUCUCGCGCGCGAAAGAUGCCACCGACGAAGCCCUCACCGAGGUCGCGAACAUGGACUCGCUCAUCGACCUCAUGGUCGCCGCGGACGAGGACGCGCUCGUCAAGCUCGUCGCAGAGAACGUCCUGAGCUUCGACCAGAAGAUGUGGAUCCGCAUCGCCGCGAGGAGCGACGCGGCGGACUCGCAGGAGUCCAAAGACAAAUUAAUGGCUUUGGCUGGACGGUGCAUGAAGCUCAUCGAGACCAUGGUCGAGACCACGGAGAGCACGAUCCAGGAGAGCAGCGUCGCGCUGGAGACGAUCGUCGCGACCGCGGCGGACCCGGAGACCGGCGAGUUCGACGUCCCUCUGAAGGCGGAGUCCAUCGCGAGGUUGAGGAAAGCCGUGGACGACGCCGUCGUGGACGAGCGGAUGUUGAACACCGUGUACGCGUGGAUACGCAAAUCGGACGAGGAUAAGCUGGACGGGAUGGUGCACAUCCUCCAGCACUUGCUGCAGUGCUACGCCGCGAGGGAGCUCGACAACGGGGAAACCCCGUUGGACGUCGUCAUCGGCGCCGCCGCCUCGGAGUGGCCGGCGAAGUUCGAGGAGAUCAUCGAAGGCGGCUUCGGCGAGGAAGCGUUCACGAGGGACCUCCAGAAGCGAAUGGAGGGCGUCGUCCUGAACCUUCCGAACGGUUCGUACGCGCAGCGCGUGCAGGCUGAGUACCUCAAGGAAGUGGAGGAUCGGGGUAAGGAGCUGUACUCGGCGAAGGCGGCGUGA